AGUCCGUAAACAUCGCGAACUUACAGUAUUCUGUAUAAAAGUGUCUAUCGAUAUAUAAACAAAUCUUAGACCGACGGCGCUUUCUCUGGAAAAAAAGGAUUAGGAUUACCAGUUCACCUGCAACGUACUUAUUAGGGGAAAGAGGUACCAGUCACCGCCACUAUGCGGAUACAUUCAACCCUCGUCGUGCCUAUAUUGGCCCUCACGAUCGCUUCACUCAAGGGGGUGACAAGCGAUGCGCCUCUGCUGGACUCGGCCUCCUUGCCUCUGGAGCACAGGGCUGUCUACGGGCCGCCACUUCCGGGACCGCCGCCCCCACAGAGCUACGGACCUCCACCCUCGUCCGGAGGGGGAGUCGCUCCAGGACCCGACGACCCUUGGCCCCUCGCCACACCGGAUAUGCCUCAGAUUAAGCAUCUGCAAGUCCAAUGCGAAAAGACUCACAUGCGGGUCAAUAUCGAAUUCGACCGACCUUUCUACGGCAUGAUAUUCUCAAAAGGUUUCUACAGUGAUCCUCAUUGCGUACAUUUGAAACCUGGCACAGGCCAUUUGAGUGCAACAUUCGAGAUUUUCCUUAACUCCUGUGGAAUGUCCUCUUCUGCGAACCACAACACCGGUAACGGCUACUCCACCCCCAGCGGCAGCUAUGUGGAAAACACAAUCAUCAUACAAUACGACCCCUACGUACAGGAAGUGUGGGAUCAAGCAAGGAAACUCAGGUGCACUUGGUACGACUACUACGAGAAGGCUGUCACCUUCAGGCCAUUCCAAGUCGACAUGCUCCAUGCCGUUACUGCUAACUUCCUCGGAGAUAAUCUCCAAUGCUGGAUGCAGAUCCAAGUAGGAAAAGGACCUUGGGCUUCCGAGGUGUCAGGUAUCGUAAAGAUCGGACAGACCAUGACAAUGGUUCUCGCUAUCAAAGACGACGAAAACAAAUUCGACAUGUUGGUAAGAAAUUGUGUCGCCCACGACGGAAAGAGAGCACCGAUACAACUCGUUGACCAACACGGAUGUGUAGUGAGGCCGAAGAUUAUGUCUAAAUUUCAGAAAAUCAAGAACUUCGGCCCGAGUGCUUCCGUCGUGUCUUUCGCUUACUUCCAGGCCUUCAAGUUCCCAGAUUCGAUGAACGUCCACUUCCAAUGCGUCAUCCAAGUGUGCAGGUACAAUUGCCCAGAGCCUAGAUGUGGAGGAGACUUCGGACAUUUGGGAGGAUUAGGUGGAUUAGGAGGAGAUUAUGGCCUCCCGCACAAUUCUAUUUCAAGUGAAUAUGGACCACCACCACUGCCAGAAUACGGAGCCCCUGCCGCUUACCCGGACCCGAGGCACCCAUCAGGUCCCACCGGGGCUUAUUCUGAAAAUAAACCGGUCGAAGUGGCCGCCCCUUCAUCUACAUCCAACCCGCCCAACCCAUCGUCUCCUGCUCCUCAAAAAUCAUCCCAGAACAACGACAUCCAUCUUCCCCCUCCGCCAUUACCCGGUCACGCCGCCGCAUACACUACAGUCAAAAGGAAAGGAGGCGUCAGCGACGAACUUGAAGGAAACCUGGCUACCCUCGGAGGAAGGCCAAGAUCAGUGGAAGGACUUCCAGAAGAACUGAGAGGUGCUCGGAGGAGGAGGGCUCCCGAAGUUUAUAACAUUGUAGUCAGCCACGUUUACAAGAGAGAAGCUCAAGAAAUGACUGAUGUAAAUACUUCUCGAAUAAUUCAAGUCGUCGCUCCUGGCGAUGUGAACUUUGCCCUGAAUGCGGGUAGCGGGAGUAACGAGACUGUAGUUAUUUCGGCUGCGACGGGUGCGCCCGACACCGAAGCCAUAUGUAUGAGUGUGCCCAGCUUCGUAGCAGGUCUGAUCAUGUUGCUGGUCGUCCUAGUAGUCGCCUGCCUAGUUGCAGCUUUUCUUUUUGUGAGAGUACGACAAAUCGACAGGAAAGGAAUGACGACUACUUACAUGCACGGAGGAUACGACAACGCUGAAUUCGUCAAAGUCGCCAGUUAGUGAAAAUCGAAUCGUGAAUGGAUUAAGUGUCGUAGGGGAGCGUGAAACCCUAGUGUGCAAAAUAUGUGACGUCUUGGAAACCUAGCCGACUUAACGCUAAUUCUCCAAACCCGUCACGUAAAUAUUGUAUGGUCCGUGACCACAUUUUACCCAAAUCCUUGCUCUGUUCCCGACCAGAAUUCCCUGUCCCGUCCUAUUAAAUUAUUUAUGCCUGUAACUUCCACUCCCUCGCUAACCUUUCCCAAAGAUCGUUUAAGUUAUUGUUAGUGUGUCAUUGUACUAAUUGGUGUUGUACAUUAAACUAUUGAAGCAAAGCAUCCGAGUCGCCGUCCUACUUUCCACAUUUCAACGCAAAGCUCCCAACAGUCCAAUUUCCCACAUAUCGUAGCCAUCUCCUACUUUUUCUAUUUCCUUUUGUCUACCUUUUGCAAUCGUUUUAGAAACAUAGCAUUUUUUUGCUUUAUACUUUACAUUUUAAGCCAAUUUUUCCUAUUUCCACUACCAUAUCGUAACGUAUCAACACGGCUCAGCCAUCUGGCACACCAAUACAUAACUAGUCAUAAUUUUUUUGUUUUGUUUUUAUUUUUAAUAAUUUUUUUUGUAAACAUUUUUAGUUUUUGUGCGUGUGUGUAUGUAAAACAUGUAUAAUAUUCUCAAUUAAAGGACUUAUGUAUCAUAUUAAUCAAAUAUUCCAAAUAAAAAGUUCAUCAUUUUUUUUAUUUUUUAAAAUUAUAAAGAAAUUUUUCGUCGCCUAUAACCGCUGAAGUGGGGAGGUCCAGCCACCUAUUGACCCCAAUCCGUUACUCCUAAACUUUUUUCACCUUUGCCACAAAUCAAACAUAAUUGGGAAAAAUGUAAUUAAAAAUAUUAUCAAUAAUUUACUUCAAUAAUAACCUAAAUCUAACUAACAGAACUUUAAAAUAAACCGUUAAAUAUUCGUACAAUUUCUGUAUUAUAGCAAUUGAAUAAAUAAUGUUAUACUUAGCUAUCUCCGUAACAAAACAAUUGGUUAUGGAAAUAAAUAAAUAAUUUUUAAU